AUGGUAAAGUUUCUGCUGCUGGCUUUGGCAUUUGGACUGGCUCAUGCUCAAGCUAAGAUUGCAGGAAAAUGGAUGACAGUUGCCAUCGCUGCUGACAAUGUUGACAAGGUAGAACUGGAAGCACCUCUGAGACUCUAUGUUCGUGAAAUUACUUGUAACGACAAAUGUAGUGAAAUGGGAGUCACAUUUUAUGUCAAUUCGAAUGGCCAAUGCUCAAAGACCAAAGUCACUGGGUAUAAGCAAGCAGAUGGCACCUACAAAACCCAAUUUGAAGGUGACAACAAAUUUCAACUUAUGUAUUUAACACCAAAGAAUGCAGUCUUUGAGAGUACGAAUGUGGAUAGAACCGGCAGAGUAACAAACUUGGUUUUUGUUCUUGGAAAAGGUGAGCCUUUGACUGAAGAAGAAGAUAGUAAACUUGAGGAAUAUGUUGAGAAACAGAACAUUCCACCAGAAAACAUUCAAGAUAUUCUGGCUACAGAUGAGUUCUCAUAA